AUGACGAUUUUUCGUAUAUUAAUAAAGUUUCUACUAAUUGUGACUGCAAUUUCGGCUAAUGGAAGUUGGAAAGAGGAUAUAUUGCAACCAAAACCCCUUCAUGAUUUGAGUAAUCAAUGUAUGAAUGAUACGGAGACUUGGUUUCAAUCCUUGCAACUAUUUGCGACAAUUUCCCAACAUUGCUUAACAAAGCGAGAGUGCACACCAAAGGAGUUGAAGCUUCUAGAAGAAAAUUUAUAUGCCAUUGAACAACUCGACGCAUUCGGGCAGAUUCCUGUGCCAGGGAUGCUUGAGUUAACAACAUUGUACGACGGGUCAUACCAAGAAUGUCAACGUAUCAGUGGUGUCAAAUAUGAGACCAACUACUGCUACCUGGUAUUGAGACCCGGGAAAAAUGUGUCAUGCUCAGCUUCCAACUCGACUUCCCCUCUUGCUUCUCUGCCAUUAAGACUUGCAGUUUGUCUACCUUACUCAUGCGAUCAUCAAGACAUGAUUAACAUUUUUAAUCAAGUCACCUUAUAUCCAUUCACCGCGUGUUCAGCAUUUUGUGUCAAGAAUGAUGUGAAGAAAGACGCACCGUUUUGGGGUUACUCAGUCUUUCUAAUUGUGAUGGUUUCUAUUGCUUUUCUUGCAACCGUUGUUGAUUACUUCCGUGACACAUUGUUCGGAGUAAAAAGCGACAAAGAAAACAACAUUCUUCUGAAAAUCUUCAUUGCAUUCUCUUUCUGGACCAAUGCAGAACUCAUCUUGUCAGUUAAGGAGCAAAAACCAGGAUUCAUAAAGUCCCUAGACUGUAUCCGCUUAUUCUCCAUGACUUGGGUAGUCACUGGUCACUCUUACCUUUACAUCAUUCUAUCCAACACAUUAUCACCAAUAAUCAACUUUCCAAAGCACUUCUGGAACCAUUUGAUUCUCAACGCGUUUUUAUCAGUGGACACUUUUUUUGUGCUAUCAGGAAUCGUUGUGGCUUACAUGUUUUUCAAAGCAAAGCCGAGCAAGAAAAUGAUAAUGAAUCCCAUUACCUGGGUGCUCUUCUACGUGCACAGAUAUCUCAGGUUAACACCUCCAGUUAUGCUUUUCAUUGGUUUCUUCACAAUUUAUGCUCCAUAUAUUCAAGGAACAUUUUCAGCUUCUGCAUUUAAUGAUCUCGUAGCCGAAUCAAAUGCUUGCAAAAUGAAUUGGUGGCAGAAUCUUCUCUACAUCAACAAUUUUGGUGACCCCUCCAAUAAUAACAAUAAUACGUGUUACGGACCAACAUGGUAUCUGGCAGCCGACACUCAACUAUAUAUUUUGUCCCCUAUAUUUUUGAUCGGCUUGUACUUUUCAUUUGCCGCAGGAACUGGACUUCUUGUUGCAGCUUGUGUUGGAAGUAUAAUCACAACCUACGUAUUGUUCAAUGAAUAUGAUAUGGCAUCUGAUAGUUAUGGAAAUGGAGAUGCCACUCAUUUCUUUAGUGUGAUCUACUCGAAACCUUGGAUUCGAUGCCCACCAUAUCUUGUGGGAAUAUUCACUGGAUAUCUUAUUGCUAAAUAUGGAAAUAGGAGGAUAAAAUUAAACUGGGCAUUGGCUCUUGGUGGAUGGGCCCUUGCUUUUGUGAUAGCUGGAUUUUGUAUAUUUGGAAAUUACGAUUAUGACAAGGGAUCUCAUUGGAGUGUUUUCACUAGAGCAUCAUUUUAUAACUUUCACCGUCUUGGAUGGGCGAUUUUCUUGUGUUGGGUGAUAGCUGCCAACCAUAUGGGAUGGGGAGGACCUGUUAACAAUUUCAUGUCUCAUCCUAUCUGGCAACCGUUUGGAAGGCUGUCGUACUGUGCCUAUAUUGUUCACUGGAUGGUUCUUUUCUAUUAUCACAAUAUAAGUGGGACACUGCACUAUUAUUCGGCAUGGGAAGUGUUCACUCACAUCUCAUUACCCGCCACUUUUCUUGCAUACAUCCUUGCAUUUUUCUGGAGCUGUUUGUUUGAAAUCUCCACACUCAAACUGGAGAAGAUGUUAUUCGAAGUUCUGUUGAAAUCGAAUAGACCAUCCCAAAAACUUGGGAGUUCGAUUGAAACUGGAGGAUUUGCUGAGAAGAAAAAGACAACUGAAAGUUGGGAGACAACGGAAAAUGAUUCCUAA